CAAAAAGAGCAGAGCUGCCCUUGCGAACGGGCUGUGGACCAAGCCGCGUGUAACCCCCCGGGCGGCGUGGCUCGGGAGGGGCCGCGACCUUGGGUCCAUGAGCUGCGGCUGAGCCUCCGUGGGGCCGGAGGCGGAGCAGGAGCAGAAGCGGGAGGAGCAGGAAGGGGUCGGGCCCGAGUCCCCGCCCCGCCGCUCUGCGGAUGGAUGUGCCGGGGCCGGGGGCCCACCGAGCAGCAGCGGCGGCCACGGCCACGGCCACGGCGGCCACCAUGCUGCUGCGCACGGCCCGCGUCCCGCGCGAGUGCUGGUUCCUGCCCACCGCCCUGCUCUGCGCCUACGGCUUCUUCGCCAGCCUGCGGCCGUCGGAGCCCUUCCUGACCCCCUACCUGCUGGGAAGCGACAAGAACCUCACCGAGAGAGAGGUUUUCAAUGAAAUUUACCCAGUGUGGACCUAUUCCUAUUUGGUGCUGCUGUUUCCGGUAUUCCUCGCCACAGACUACCUCCGAUACAAGCCUGUCAUUCUGCUGCAGGGAUUCAGCCUUAUUGUCACAUGGUUCAUGCUGCUUUAUGCCCAGGGGCUGCUGGCCAUUCAGUUUCUAGAAUUUUUCUAUGGCAUUGCCACAGCCACGGAAAUUGCCUACUACUCCUACAUCUAUAGUGUGGUGGACCUGGGCAUGUACCAGAAAGUCACCAGCUACUGCAGAAGUGCCACCCUUGUGGGUUUCACUGUGGGCUCUGUCUUGGGCCAGAUCCUGGUCUCCGUGGCGAACUGGUCUCUGUUCAGCUUAAAUGUCAUCUCCUUGACCUGUGUAUCAGUGGCUUUUGCUCUGGCCUGGUUUCUGCCCAUGCCACAGAAAAGCCUCUUCUUCCACCAUGUUGAUUCAACCUGCCGAGGAGUGAAUGGCAUCAAAAUCCAGAAUGGCAGCAUCAGGAACAACCCAGCCUCCGGUCAUCUUCCUGGGUGGGAGGACAUGGAGUCAAAGAUUCCUUUAAAUACGGAAGAGCCUUCUUCAGAAGAGCCGGUUUGGGGAUCAGAACGACGUUUGACUUCUAGAAAGAAUGAGGGAUCGAAGCCAGAUCGCCUCCGUGUGCUGAAGGUCCUGUGGAAAGAUUUCCUGGCGUGCUAUUCUUCCCGUCCUCUACUGUGCUGGUCAGUGUGGUGGGCCCUCUCUACCUGUGGCUAUUUCCAAGUGGUGAACUAUACACAAGGUCUGUGGGAGACUGUGAUGCCUUCUCGCAAUGCUACCAUCUACAAUGGUGGAGUGGAGGCAGUUUCAACAAUGCUGGGGGCUGUUGCAGUGUUUGCAGUUGGUUACAUAAAAAUAUCCUGGUCUACAUGGGGCGAGAUGAUGCUGUCCCUCUUCUCUCUCCUGAUCGCAGUGGCAGUGUAUGUAAUGGACAAAGUGAGUAACAUCUGGGUAUGCUACUCGUCCUACGUCGUCUUCAGAAUCAUCUACAUGCUGCUCAUCACCAUAGCAACAUUCCAGAUUGCUACUAACCUCAGCAUGGAGCGUUACGCCCUGGUGUUUGGUGUGAACACAUUCAUUGCCUUGGCACUCCAGACUCUGCUCACUCUGAUUGUGGUGGAUGCCAGUGGUCUUGGCUUAGAAAUCACCACUCAGUUCCUGAUCUAUGCCGGUUACUUUGCACUCAUUGCCAUAAUUUUCCUAAUUAACGGUGCAGUCAGUGUUAUGAAGAAGUACAGAAGGCGGCAAGAUACAGAAUCAAGCUCUCCGGUGACCACUGCGUGACCCGCGACCAAGGAGGGACUGACGCCUUAGAAGCCGAGCGCUGCUUUACACAACAACGGUGCCUCGACAUGGAGUUCAUCGUGUUUUCCCUAAGUUAUAGGCAUAUAUUUAUGACAGUGUUUGAAUGUGCAUUUCACUGCUUCAGAGCAGCCACUUGUAAUCUGUGUACUCUGUGUUCAUUGACCCAAGAAGAAAUGCUGAUUUUAUAGACUAUUUAUGUGAGAUAAUUUAAGGAUGACUUUUUUUUGCUCUCUUUUAAAAAAAGUCCACCUGCUGACAUGAAAGCAUGGGAUUGAGGCAAAUAUGGACCAGGAGGGGAAGUUCUGCAUUUAAUUAGAAAGCAAGGUUAAGGUUUUUAACUAAAAGUCAUUCCCAUCCCUAUGCCCUGUGAUAAAGGCAUGGGCCCCAUGGGUCAGCAGCACUCUAGACAGGAUGGAGGUGUGCUGGCCACGUGCUGCAGCAGUACUUACCUCUCUACUAUUUGGUACCAGUUGCAUGUUUCUGUGUCUACAUGUUUGUUCGUGUCAAUGAUUGUUCCUCUCACAAGUGAGCAAUAUUUGCUGUGGUUCUGUUUCCUAAGGAAUGCAUGUUGUAUGAUUAUUUUAAAUUAUUGUUUUCAACUCACUGUAAGUGUUCUCUUGUGUGUGUGUGUGUGUGUGUGUGUGUGUGUGUGUGUGUAUACACGUACUUCUGCCAGUACAUUACUCAUUAUGCUUCCCAGAGAAGCUCAUAGGAACAAAGAACAGCAAGCUUGAGGCCUGCUAACUGGCUAAACUGUUCAUUGCCAAAUGGACAGACCUUAGCAGAAAACUUAAGGGAUGCUUAAUUCUUUAGUGCGAAGGACUCUGUUUUUAUGUUGAAACCUAGAAUUAAUUGUGGGCUGUGGCUACAACUAGCCCAUCUAGCGUUUGCAGUCCCUUUAAUGCCCUAAACAAGAAGAAGACUGAAAAACACUUUCACUUCCUUUCUUUUUUUUGUCUUCCUCUUAUCCAAAUUAAGAUGGGCACAUAAGACCAUUCCAAGAUUGCGUUUUUAUUUUGUUUUGCACAAAUGGGACCACAUAAUUUGCAAGGUAGGACUGGGAUUGACUGUUGGGUUCCUUACCUUAAUUCUGUCUUUAAGUUUAGAAUGGAUCAUCUUAAAGAUUUGAUUAGAAUUAGAUUUUUAUAGUGGUUUCUUUUUUCGGGUUACAUGAAGGAAAAAAAAAAUGUUUCCAUUUCAUCUUGAAAUAUCUCCUAUGUGGCUGCCAAUGUGCGUGAAACAUGUUUGUAUUUGUCACAUUUUGAGAAGCCAAUCAAACUGCGAUGGCAUUGCCUUACUCUGGCUACUUCUGGGUAGCGGCUCUUACCUGAGCAAUGUUUGUUUUUUUGUUUUUGUUUUGUUUUUUUAAAGAAGGACAUAACUAAACCACAUUAGUGAUGGGGGUGGUAAGUGGCAGCUUUCCAUCUGCUUUGAUUAGGACAUAAGCAGUUUGAUGAGGAUAAUAGGUCUAUUCCUUAUGCCUUUCUUUUAGAUGAAGAGGAUGGGCAAGAACAAGCUAGGGGAGAAAGGGGGAAACAAUUCCUUUGAAGUUACAGCUUCUGACCACUGCAUUUGGGGGUUUCUUAAAUUAUUUUCUCUUGUGGGAAUUGUUCACUCUAAAACAAGCCAGUUUGUUGUCACAAAGUGUUUCUGGUUAUUUUUUUAAAUGAUGAAAUAGAUUAUGACAUAAUCAAAAUGUCUGGCUACCAAAGCAUUAUUUCCCUAUUCUCUGAAUGUCAGGUAGACAACAUAAACCUUUAGUUAUAUAAGAAAAGAAGGUCUUACCUGUGCAGUGAGUUUUUAAAAAAUCCAAUUUGCACAGAUGAACUUAUUGUAUAUGGUUUUGCAAACAAGUGGAAGUUAUCUGUUAUAUGUUUUAUUCACUUCUGUAUAGAUUAUAAAAUUAUUUUUAUCAAAUAAAUAUUUUAUAGUAUGUUUUCCUUUUUUGAUUUAAAUAUUUAAAAAUCUAAUAUAUAGAAAAUAACUUUGUAAUCACAUCUUUAAAUCUAUUGUCUCCAGUUUCAGAUUCAAUUCUACCCCUAUUCCAACUUUACUAAUUUUUAAUUUUUCUACCAGUUUCUCAUUUAAGAUCUUUACCUGCCGCUAUGCCUAACUUAUGUUUUUUCUCAUUUUAUCUAGCUCUCUAUUACACUAUUUAGUAUUAUCCAGCUGUGUAUUACUCUACUACCAUUGUUUUUCUUUCCUAUACAUUUAAAAAAAUAACUAGUAUUAUUAAUCUUACUAUUAAGCAUUCUUGAAGCCUUAACCUACAUCUGGAUGGAUCUUCUCUCCCCUGUGCUCGUUCCCUUCUAAAACCUGAUUGAUUAAAUGCAUUCGUUGACUUAUGAUCACCAAAAAUUUGGUUAAAAUUUGAUCUGAACAAUUGUUCUUUGCCUACUAGUUCUGUGGUUUUUGUGUCCUUGUUCCCUCGCCCCAUACACUCCCAUUCUCCUUCUUUAGAUUGUAAGCUCUUCAAGUGGAGCCGUUUAUUCCUUUGUCUUUAAUUGCACAGCCCGUAAUAAUAAAGAUAAGUGGCUGGUGUGUAGGAUCAGUUCCAUCUACUCAUCUGCCAGUACUAUAGCAAAAACGCCCAUCCUUUAUAAGAUAAAUUGAAAUCAGGUGCCAAUGAACUUGAAUCCAGUGAAUACUUGAUUCCAAUUGACCCCCAGAUGGUGUGGUCUGUUGGUCGAACUUUGGUGAUAUCUAUUUAUUAUUGAAUUUGGGAGACACACUUUCAGUGAUGCAGGUUUGUAUUAUCAGUUCCCUAAGACAGAAUAUCUGUGAGACUUUUUAUCUUCAGACAAGUACCCCAAAUUUCCUUUACAUAAGCAUUAAAUCCCAUUGUAAGGGUUUAUAUUGGGGUGAUGAAGGGAAUUGAAACAUUUUCUUUGAUCGGUUUAAUAAAAUCAGAUGAAGACCAGCAGGCUAAAUUUUGUUCCUGACUCCGCAUGUCCAGUGGGAAAUCAGUAGGGUUGGAGGAAAAAAAUAUCCCUUUGUCUUAGGGUUGAGAUGUUUUCUAAUAAAGUCUG